GUCGGAAACUUCCCAUUGUCUGCAGCGCCUCUUGCCGUGAGUGUCAGUUCGAGAUUCACCGACCUCAUGGCUGCCCUACCGCACGCCUCCGCGCUGGUGCUCGGCGUCCUGGCCGUCCUGUGCCCGAGGACCGCUCACGGGCGCUUCGGUGACAGGGUGACGGACGUGGUGGACGACGACCGGUUCGAGGUGAUGGGACAGGCGUACGUGGAGACCUUCACUGUGACUAACGACGUGGUGGAACUGGAAGUCGUGGUGGAGGACACGGUUGAUGUGUACGAGUUUUGGCUGGUGGAUUUCCAGCCGUACGAGUUCAGCCCUAACGGCACGCUGUUCAACAAGGAUACCGGGGAGAUGGAGCGGCAGUACACCUCGCCCUGUGCUAGCUCCUUCUGGAGACUAAACCUCUACAGUCCGUCUUACGGCUACCCCUUCCCCUUCACGGACACGGGCAGCUUCAUCCCGACUAACGGAAGUGAAGAAGGCGGCGUGCCCCCCAAGCUGCUGUACAACUACUACCUCAAGAGUACCCCCUACAACAUCACGGACAACCGCGGCGAGAGGGUGGAGAGGACAACCAACAGGAUGGUGUUUCAAGGUUCCUCGUACCGACUGUUCAAUUGUACUGACACUAGUGGAGGGACAGUUUGGCGCUACACCAACCAGACGGAGACAGUGGAGUUCCGCUCGACCAUCUACUUCACCAACAUCCGGCCCAUUCAAACCUCGGACCUCACAAAGGGCCAUUCUUAUGUCCAGUCCCAUGCCGAACUGAUCUACCGGAUUUCGCGGAUUGCCCUGGUCAACGUGGUGGUCAGCAGUUCCGCACUGGUCAAGCCGCUGCUGAAUUACGUCAUCAUCUCCCCUGGUUACGAACCGGACGGCACGCCGGCCACGGACUUGGCCACUGUGGAGAUACAGUUCACGACAUCGACGCAGUCCCCGUCGGGCGAGCGGAACCACUACAUCCACUCGGCCACCUCGCUGAACUACACGGCUGACUACGUCUCCCUGCACGAUCUGCAGACCGUGACCACCUACCCUACCACUACACCGCCAUGCGAUAUCACUAACGGUGCCAUCAACCUGUGUACGCAGACGUGGACGUUCGUGGUUAUUCUGAAGAUCACCCCGCGAAGUGUGGAUGACGGACUUCCGGUGGACGCGUCAGGAGUGUUCACGUUCCGGUUCGUGACGGAGCGCUGUAACGACACCACCGCUGACGAGUCAUCGGCGAACUGCACCAUCGUGGACAACAUCAACCCUUCCGUCAUCUCCAUGAACAUCACUAUCCAGACGGUUGUAGACUUGUCAGCCGAAGAGACAGACAACCCGUGGCUCCGACAUCAAAAUCGUAUGAUGACCUACAAAUGCUGCUGUUCCAUUAAUGUUACUGUAGUAGACCUUUCGGAUGAGGACACAGACAACCCGUGGCUGGUGGUGACGAAGCUCUCCGGGGCGGACAACCUGGACCUACGGGGAGGGUUCGCGGCCGGCAGGAGGGGCGUCAACCACCUGGAGGACAUCCGGAUGGAAGUCAAGUUCUACCCCGAGUUCCUUUGGGACUUCUUCACUCUGGAACUGAAAAUGUUCAUGGUGUGCAUUGGUGACCAGACUGGCCAGGAUACGGGUUGCCUGGCGGUUACCAAGGACAACCGUUACAUCGCCCACCUGGAGAACGACUUCGCGUACCAGUACGUGGACGGCAGCGGCGUUACUCAGCACCUCAACAUCAGCGACAUCCAUAUAAAGGGGCAGGGUCCUGCUCAAAGUACAGGUGGUGGUAGCAGUGAAGAGGACAUUGGUGCUUCUAGUUAUACUGAAGAGGACGCCGAGUGGGAUCCUGUAAACCCCCAACAGAGCCUCAACAGCCACGCUUACGACUCCACCAACAACCUUUACCACAUGGACUUCACCAACACCGCUCUGUCGUUCGAGAGGAACUCCUACACCAUCACUACCGUGUACCGACUGAUCGAGAAGCCGGGUAGAAAGAAGCGAGACGUCAUCGACGAAACCGAUAUUGUCCUGAACGGUCACGUGGUCAAGCGUGACAUCAUGACCAGUGCCACCCUGCCGCAAGGAAACCACAUUGCGUUCGAGUUCCUGGGCUGUCCCGAAGGAUCCAAGUACGACGAAGAUUCCCGCCACUGCGCAUGCACGUCCGACAACCACCUGUACAGCAGGGACAGCUUCCAGUGCGAGCCGAUCGCUGUCAAAUCUGACGAUCACACCCCGACAAAGGACAGCGGAGCCCCUCAGGUCUUCGCCAACCUGCUCCCAAUAACUUCCCUCGUUCUUAUAUGGAUGUUGUACCUUUUUCAGGAGUGAGGCAUGAUCGUUUAAGGCUUGGUUACUUGUGAAAUGCAUAAGGAACUUUGUAGACUAACGUUCUCAAACAAAAGUCUGACGAUCGCACCCCGACAAAGGACAGCGGAGCACCUCAUGCCCUCGCCAACCUGCCCCCAAUAACUUCCCUCGUUCUUAUAUGGAUGUUGUAUCUUUAUAACGAGU